AUGGCCGCGUGGGUGGAUCACCAGCUGCCCGACGAGGUUUCUCUUCGCAUCUUCAACUACCUGGAUGCUCGCGAGCUGAAUGAGGCCUCCCUCGUCUCCCGCGCCUGGUUGCGUCUCACCCACGACCAAGCCGUCGUACGGGUGGAGCACCUGGGGGUGACCGAGUGGCGGGCCUACUGCCGCGACCGCGCCGCGUUCGAACGCGUGCGCGAGACCGCCGUGUCGCGCGCCGAUCCCGGCACGGCCUUCAUCUUCGCUCCGGCCAGCUCCCUGUGCAGCACGCGGCUGUUCGAGGAGGGCUAUGUCAACAACGCCAUCGUGGCGCUCGAGACCGAGGUGAGGAGACACCCCAUGUCGGCCGACGCCUGGGCGCUGAUGGGCAAGGCCCACGCCGAAAACGACCAGGACGGCGACGAAUGCGCUCAACCCCAACGAUCGGGAGGUGCUCGUGAACCUGGGAAUCUCCCAGGUGAACGAACUGAGUGGCGCCAAGGCGUGCCUCUACUUCGCCCAGUGGUUGCGUUUGUCGCCGUACAGCUCUGUGCUCCCGCAAGACUUGGAGAAGGAGAUCGCCAAGCAAGCGCAAGAGGACACUCCAAGCGCUUCUGCCUCAGCGCUGCUCAACUGGCAGGAGAGUUGGGACCAAUCGGACAGCAACCGUCCCGACGUCCGGGUUCUGCUCAUCGAGGUGCUCAAGAGCGCCCUCGAAAUCAACCCCAACGACGCCGACCUGUGCAUCAUUACGGGUGCGCUGUACACGGCCUGCUAUUUGUUCAGCCUGGCCAUCAAUUACUUUGA